UGCUACCGUUGUAAGAAAAUAGUGUACCCAGUUGAAAGGGUAAACGUGGGGAAUUUGUUCCAUAGACGCUGUUUUAGAUGUCGAACAUGUGGAUUACAGCUAACUUUGAGAACUUUUCGAUGGGAUCAAGAAAACCAUAGUGAUAUAUACUGUCAUGUUCAUGCUCCCAAACAUGUUGGAAGAAUAGAUCAUGAUUCAAUGGGGAUUAAAUCAGCUUUAAAUGCGCCCAAACGUGGAGCUAACAUCAGUGGACAGGUAAGA